AGUUUGCGCUUUUACUUUACUGGGAGAAGCAGCUAUGUUUGAGAAUAAAGUCUUGCAGGCUUGGGACUAUGUUGUUUUUGGAGUUAUGCUGGCUGUAUCAGCUGCAAUCGGAGUUUUUUAUGCUGCUAAAAAUGGGAAAGGAACUACUGAAGAGUUCUUGGUGGGAAACCGGAAAAUCUCUGCAUACCCAAUUGCUCUUUCAUUGGCAUCCAGUUUUCUGUCUGCUAUUACUGUGAUUGGAGUUCCUACAGAGAUUUACACAUAUGGAAUAAUGAUUGUGUUGCACAACAUUUGCUCUCUUUUUACAAUGGUAGUAACCUCCCUCAUCUACAUCCCUCUAUUUUACAGACUGAACUUGAUUAGCACUUAUGAGUACCUUAAUAGAAGAUUUGGGAAUUUCGUCAGGUACCAAGCUGUUGGUUGUUUCUUGUUGUAUAUGUUUUUUUAUCUUGGGAUUGUCACCUACAUACCCGCCCUAGCACUAAGUGAAGUUACAGGCUUAAACUUGUGGAUAUCCAUCAUAACAACAGGGCUUGUGUGUGCACUAUAUACAACACUGGGUGGCAUUAAAGCUGUUGUGUGGACAGAUGUUGUCCAGAUAUGUGUGAUGAUGGCUGGACUUGUGGCAUUGUUUAUUCAGGGAACUAUUCAUGUUGGAGGAUUUGGAAAGGUCUGGAGCAUUGCAGAGAGUGGCGGUCGCCUAAAUUUUUUUGACUUUGAUCCUGACCCUAGAAGAAGACUUACAUUUUGGACCAUAUUAAUUGGAGGGACAUUUUCAUGGGUGACAAUAUAUGGUUGCAACCAAGCACAGGUACAAAGAUAUCUGGCCUGCAAGAGUGAAAAAGAGGCAAUAAAAGCUGUCUUACUGAACUGGCUUGGAAGCAUUAUAGUGACAAUCCCUGCUUGUCUUUGUGGAUUGGUUAUGUAUGCUGUGUAUGAAACCUGUGAUCCAUUGAUGACAAAAAGAAUUAGCAACCCCAAUCAAAUGACUCCAUUGUUGGUUAUGGAUAUUCUUUCUCAAACCCCCGGAAUCCCUGGCCUUUUUGUGGCGUGUGCAUUCAGUGGUACACUGAGCACAGUGUCAUCGGGAAUUAAUGCCAUGGCUGCAGUUGUGGUUGAAGAUAUAUUCAAAGCAAAAUGGAAACCUUGGAAUUACAUUUCUAAUGACAAGAAGACACUGAUCUCAAAAUUCCUAGCCAUGACGUUUGGACUUGCUACAAUAGGCCUGGCCGGGGUAGCAUCUACUUUACAAGGAAAUAUAAUGCAGGCAUCACAAACCGUUCUAGGUUUAAUUCAGGGACCAACAUUAGGUGUAUUCACUUUAGCAGCUUUGUUUCCAAGGAGCAAUAGCAAGGGAGCACUUGUAGGCAUGUUUGUCGGUUUAGCGCUUUCUUUGUGGUUAGGGAUUGGGGCACAAAUCUACCCACCUGUCACCAGAUUUGCAAGGCAACUCAACAUAUCUUCAAUAGGUUGCCUGCAGCCUAAUGCCACCAUCUCGACCCCAGUGAAUGGAUCAUCCCUGGUCACAACCACGAUAGCAUCCGAAGCACAGGAAGGGAUAUCCAGCAUCAUGAAAAAUUUCUACUCCUUAUCCUUUAUGUACUAUUGCCUAAUUGGUUGCCUGUGUACAAUUUUAGUAGGUUUAAUGGUCAGCUUUUGUACGGGAGGAGCUAAAGAUGUGGAUCCAACUCUCAUUGCUCCGAUAAUAAAGAACUUUUCCAUGGCCCUUUUGAGGGAAGAACAAACCCCUCCAUUACCUGAAUCAAAUGAAAAUACGUUGCUGAAUUUGGUGGACAAUCAUUUCGAACUGUUGGAGCCAGUGAGGUUAAAGCAUAAGAUAAGUUUAUAAACUGUGAAAUAUCCUUUAAAAGAGCUGACGCAGACACCAUGGGCCGAAUGGCCUCCUUCUGUGCUGUAUAAUUCUAUGAUUCUAUGAGAUAUGCUGUGCAAAACUAACUAAUAUGUAGUGAUUUUUUCUUUGAGAAAUGCUGACUGUUGAGUCAUUACAUUUAUUUGAAAUGGAAAUUAAAACAAAACUUCCAGAAGGAUUUUGAAAGUCAAUAGUGAGGAUUGUAAGAUUUAUAUAAAAUGUAAGAAUCUCUAACCAGUUCUCUAAAUGGACGAAUAUAUUGAUUGUACUAAUCCAGUUAAUUGAUUGUGAAUAAAUAGUGAAACUGUU